UCGCGGGAUGACUGAGUAACUUUCGGCGGCGAGCCUUUCUGUUGCGAUUUUGUUGUUCUCUUUAUUGCUGCUUUAGUCACGGUAAGAAGUUGUCGUGUUAUUUGUAUCAUCCAUAGUUUGCAGUGUUUAAAAGCUGAAGAAGGGGAAUGUUAUGGUGUCUUCUUUCAUUUCAAAAAAAAAAAAAAAAAAAAAGGGUUUCAAGCAGUUACGUAGUGUGUGAAAAUAUGAGUAGUAGUUUUGCAGGCAGUAUAGGUAUUAAGCACUGGGACAAAGCUCGCUGGUGGUGUUGCCGACGGGUGUAUUUGAACUUGGCCUCUUUUAUUGCUGUUUUUUCUUUUGCUCUGUCGCCAUGACAACCCAAAGGGCUCAGAGCGCUUAACGCCACCCUUUCAUCUUGAAUCCCCGCUGACCUAAAUGCCCCUUCGAGGUUUUGGCCGCUGAAGGCGACCGGGGCAAAACAACAUGGAGCGCAAGGAGGAGAGCAGACGGGCCGGCGGUCGCGGACGGGCCGGCGGUCGCAGCUCGGGCUGGGGUCGCAUCGCCCUGCUGGACAAGACCAAGGAGUUCUUCCAGACGUGCGACGUGGAAGGCCGGGGCUUCAUCACGCGCACCGACAUGAGGAGGCUCCACAGGGAGCUGCCGCUGUCGGCAGAGGAGCUGGAGGACGUCUUCGACUCUCUGGACACGGAGCGUGCCGGUUACCUCACGCUUGAGGCCUUCUCUUCUGGAUUCAGUCAGUUCCUUCACGGCCGGCGAAUCUCUGUGACCGACGAGCCGGCCCAGUCGCAGGCUCGGGGCUUCAGGACCAAGGAGGCCUUCUACCAGAGCCAAUGGGAAGCCAAGCUGUCCGGGGGAGAGGACGAGGAAGAGGGACACUUCUGUAUGCUGCUCGACAGCCUGGGAGCCAGUAAUGUUUUCGAGGACCCGGACGAGGUGCGCAGCCUGUGGGCGCAGCUCAGGCGAGAUGAGCCUCACCUUCUGUCCGACUUUGAGGAGUUCCUGGCCAGGGUCACGCAUCAGAUCAAGGAGGCCCGCCAGGAGAAGAGGGACAUGGAGAGCGCCCUCCAGAGGAAGGCGGCGACGCACCACGACGAGAUCCGCCACCUGUACGAGGAGAUGGAGGCGCAGAUCAAGACGGAGAAGGACCGGCUGCUGCUCAAGGACUCGGAACAUCUCCAGUCGAAAAGCCAGGACUUGGAAGAGCAGCUGUCGUCCAAGGAGAGGGAGCUGGAGCUGCUCUUCCAGAAGCAGAAGAGGUUGGAGCUGGAGUGCUGCGAGCUGAGCAGCGAGAAGCAAGAGAGCCACGUGGAGAACGUCAAGCUCAAGGUGACCAACGACGAGCUGGCGCGGGCGCUGGAGAGCACCAGCCAGGAGCUGCUGGUGGCCCAUGACCAGCUGGCCGUGCUGCAGGAGCAGGCUGCGCGCCUGCACCAGGAGAAGGAGAUGGAAAUGUACAGAGUGACUGAAGGACUGCAAAGAGAGAAGCAAAGCCUCAUGAAGCAGCUCGAUCUCCUCCGAGAGAUGAACAAACACCUAAAGGACGAGCGUGACAUCUGCUCUGGUGUGCAGCCAAGAACUUCUCUGAGGAAGAAGCAGAAGCAGCGAGCAGGCCUGGCCAGCAUGUUUGACGACAGCAGCCAGCCUGCCAAAAGAUCUCCUGUGGUGCAGGAUGGCUCCUACCAGUCUCUGGAGGCUUUGCCUAUAGAGCACCUUCAAAUCGUGUUUGUUGCUUCCUCCUCCUGUAGUGAGGACGACGCCGUCGCCGUCAAUUCCGUGAGGAAGAGCGGCGGAUUGGCCAACGGCUACGGCGUUCCCGCCGCUCCCAAAACGCACAACGUCAGGGCCAAGGGCAAGAAGGCCAUGGCCAGGUCCUCCAGUUUCAGGAGGACCGGGAGAGAGCGGGCCAAGAGGCCGGAGACCGAGCCCGACGUCGAGGACGAGGUGCCGGACUCGCCCCGGGACGGGUGGCCCCUCCGCCGGGUCAUCUCCAUCGAAGAGGACCACCUGCCUCACCUCCUCCAAGGGGGGCCGCAGCUCCUCCUGCACCAGCUCAGCGAGGAGGAAGACGGGAAGGAGGCGCAUAGCGAUUUGGAAUGCAGCGUGGUCCCCAGGAAACCGGGACAGUUUUCCCGGGCGAAGACGACCCCCACGUCGCCGCGGGGGCAGCCUGUCGGGAAGGAGACCCAACACGUGGCAGAAGCGCCCGUGUUAGGCCCCCGUCGUCUCUUUAAGGUGGUCUUGGUGGGCAACUCCAGUGUGGGCAAGACGUCGCUUCUACGCUCCUUUUGCGAGGGACAUUUCCAUCCAUCCAUCACGGCGACUGUGGGGAUCGACUUCAGCGUGAAGACGUUAACCUUGAACAAUAUGCAGAUCGCGAUGCAGCUUUGGGACACGGCGGGCCAAGAGAGGUAUCGCAGCAUCACCAAGCAGUUCUUUCGCAAGGCCGACGGCGUGGUGGUGAUGUACGACGUCACGCUGGAGGAGAGCUUCAAGGCCGUGCGACCCUGGCUCGCCAACGUCAAGGUGACAGGAACUCCCCUCCUCUUAACUUCAAGUCCUUUCAGACACAUCCGCCCUCUUAUUUUGUCAGGACGCUGCAGGAGAAGGCGUCCAAAUCCUCGUGCUGGGCAACAAAAUGGACAUGGAUGCAGAGAGAGAGGUGUCCUUCAAAGAGGCAGAACAAUUGGCUCAAGAAAGCAAGGCGAUGUUCUACGAGGUCAGCGCCUACACAGGCAAGAACGUGACCGAGUCCCUCACCCACCUGGCCCGAAGCCUGAUGGUUUAGUACUAACGCCGAAUGCUAUUUUGAACUCUUGGUAAUUGGAAAAUGUGUUAUGGUCCGAUGAAACAGGUUGAACUUUUUGGCGACAAUUCCAAAAGGUAUGUUUUGUUCAAACACAAUGGUGCUCAUCACCAAAAGAGCAAGUGGUGACAGCAUUAUGUCUCGGGGCGGUUUUUCAUCAACUGGAACUGGGGCCUAAGACAAGGUGGAGGGAAUUAUGAACAGUUUGAAAUAUCAGUCAGUAUGACGAGUCCACAAAACCUGCAGGCUUCUGCCAGAAAACAACAACAACAAAAAGUCAGGAAAAGCCCACUUCAAUGGCUGAAAGGGUUGAAAUCAUUUACCUUUCACAAAAACCUGGCACUUCAACAGGGGUGUGUAGACUUUUUCUAUCCACUGUAUGCGCUUCCUCAGGGUGUUGAUGGAGCAAGAAGACCGAGUGAGAGACACCACAGUCAUCCUCAGCGCUCAGCCCUUGAAGAAGAAAGCCUGCUGCAAGUGAACGCGCCUCGGCGGAGGUCUUCUUUUGGACAAUGCGUUAAGCAAGGCUCUUCAUA